UCUCUAUACACAAACAAAUAUGGGUAGCCAUUUUGGCUUAUUAAACUAUUUCACUUGUUUAAUAAUGCUUUUGUACUUUCCAAAUUUUGUUGUAUCCGGUAAACCACAAGUCCCAUGUUACUUUAUAUUUGGAGACUCGCUUUUUGAUACCGGUAAUAACAAUCAACUUGAUACUAAGUGGAAAGCAAAUUAUCCACCGUAUGGAAUCGAUUUUCCUAAAGGUCACACAGGCAGGUUCACCAAUGGUCGAACCGCUGCUGAUAUUAUCGGUCAAAAUCUUGGCUUUGAUGGAUUCAUUCCAACGUAUGUUACCGCAACCGAUGACCAGAUCAGCAAAGGCGUAAACUACGCUAGUGGUGGAGCUGGUAUUCUAGACAGAACUGGAUUUCAUAAUGGUGACCGAUUCAGCUUUCACCAACAAAUAGUUCAUCACAAUUCGACAGUUUCACGCAUUUCACGCAUACAAAAGAACACAACAUUCCUUAAAGAAUGCAUUUAUGUUGUAAACAUUGGCAUGAGCGAUUACAUCUACAACUACUAUUAUUGGACAGGGUUUGAUCGUAUCUACAACUCAUCAUUGUUAUAUUCAAAGAUAAAUUACGCAACUAUCCUUAUUAUACAAUAUUAUCGGCAACUAAAGGCUUUGUAUAACUUGGGAGGUAGGAAGUUUGCUUUGUUCGGUCUAGCUCAAUUGGGUUGCACUCCGUUUAUUGUUAAAAGUUGGUCAGCUGUAGGAAAACCAUGCUCAGUUCUCGUCAAUGAUGCCGAAUAUGUAUUCAACAAUAGGCUAAAAACUCUUGUUGAUGGACUCAACAAACUUAAACCAGAUGCUAGAUUCACUUUCAUCAACACAACAAGCAUUUUACAGAAAAAAGAAGGUGCCCCUGUGACGCCUCCCUCCUUGCCAAUCCCGACUAAGAAAAAGAAAUUACCUGAUUAUAAUAAAUAUAAAGCUCGGCCUUGUUGUCCAGUAACAGAUGAUUGGCAAUGCAUUCUGAACUCAACUCCUUGCGCUACUCGGACAUCGUCUACUUACUUUGAUACAGUCCACCCUACAGAACCUAACAAUAUUGCCAUAGCAACAAGAUCAUAUAAAGCCCUUUUACCCACGGAUGUUUACCCAUAUGAUAUACAUCGGUUAACUCAAGUUAAACUCUAAGAAAGACUACCAAAUUAGCACAACCAAGUGAUAUAAAUGCAUUUUUGUUUAUGUAAGAGAUGGUAUAAGUCGAUUGGGUAUUGCCUAUGCAUGAAUAUGAAACUAUGCAUUGCCCUUAUUUCAAUAA